AUGAAUUCUACGCAGCACUGCCCGGUUGGUGCUGCAGUUUCGACUCUCUACGCAUCCGUACACUUCCUAUUCCAGAUCCUAGCAUACUUUACAAGCUUCGUCACUUUAACAUGCGUUUAUUUAAAACGAAAGAAGAUGAUAUCCUCAAAACGUGGUGCUAGUCAUUUUCGAGCGACAAUGCUGUUGACUGUAGUGUCCCUUGGAAAAUUGUGGAAUAUGUUGCACACUGGGGACGCUGUUUUUGCAGCUGGGAUUACGAUACCAAGCUUGAUAUCCCUAUCGACAACAAUAUCAAAUGGUAUUUUUCACAAGGAAUAUCGGCGCAAGGACCCGGCCGCCAUCUAUAGACGCCUCAGCCCGGAAGCUCAGAUUCGAUUUGCGUUGGAAUACCUUGAAGCGCGGGCAGCGAAUCCGCAAAUUCCGCCCCCGAGGAAUGAACAUAUGUUGGUCGACUUUAUCCGGAUGAAUCCACAGGCUACGCCUGUUGCCGAGCCACGCAAACGUCGAGGUGAAGUCGGGUCCUUACAGUCGGCUGAGAAAAAGCCCAAGCGGGAAGCUGCUUCAAGAGAAGCGAGCCCAGCUCCGGAAGAACCCGCUCAACCGGCUCCCAUCGAGGUGCCAAUCCAGCGUCCUGAUACCCCGAUCCCAGACCCACUUCCCUCGGCUGAUCCUCCAUUUUACUAUUCCGAUCCGGGUAUCGGUAGCCACAUCAGCGUUGCUCCAAAUUACCAUGGGGCUCAACAGGCUCCUCAAGCGCUGCCACUGCUUUAUCAGCCAGUUACUGUACCUCCCGGCCAAGCUCCCGGCGCUACGGAACUUCGCGUAACGAUUCAAGGAUCGCCUACAGAACCUGGAGUUACCGUAUGCCUUGCUGGAAUUACUCACGCGAUCAUUACCGUCGAACAAGUUCCCCUCGAGACCCCACCACCAACACAGCCAGUCCCCCUCCGCGCUGAAGACUUAGAAAUGGCUCCACUUGCUGCGGACAGAAUUACACGGAAUCCAGUUCCGGCCGGGCCAGAGCUACAGCGCGUCGAUCAACUACAGCAACUAAUCAUCGCCCUCGGCCAACGACCACCACCACAAGCUCCUAUCGCCAUCAACAUUCCGCCACUACAGCCGAGGCCUCUUUACGAUACCCUAGUACGACUUAAACAAGAAUUCUGCGGCCUUGAGCUUCUGAUAGGACCACUACCAGCAGGAAACUUCCUCCCCAACAUUCACCAAGAUGAUGACAGUAUGCAAGAACUCGCUGCAGAUUUCCUACAAAGAAUUAUUGGAUAUCACGAUCAAUUCCUAUUGAUUUUUGAAGAUCCACGCCAAUUUCUAGAGGAAUUGGCCAGACCGAUUCCAGCACACGAUGAGGAAUUGAACAAAGCUAUCCUGGAUGCGCAGUCAUUUCUUGGGACUGCUGUAGCUGCCUGCAUUGUUCAUAUUAACGAUCGUCCUGCGGCUCCUCCCGACCUCCUUAAAACCCUUGGCGGAAUGUCACUCGCAAUUUCGCGUACAAUCAACGUCAUCAAUUUCUAUCUCCGAAUUUGGGAUCAAAUCCGGAGAACUGGAGCUGUCAAUUGUUAUGAAAAAGGAAUUCGAUUUAUCGUUUCCAAAACACCAUACCGACAGAUGAUGGACCACUACAACCAGGACUGGAAAUUCCGACUGGCCUAUUGGUUCAUGACGGAAUUCCAGUGGGGAUUGGAAUAUGAGGGGAUGCGAGUCUCGAUGAUACGGCUGCGAAAGCGUAUGAUAAAUGUGGCAAGAAAUGAGGGUCUUCCGAUUGAUCCGGAAAUGCUUGCACCUCCUGACUAUCCACCGGAUCCAUUGCCGAUUCGGAAUCUUUUUAGGCGGAAUCGUGUGAAUAACACACGUGGCAUUCUCGGUAGAGGUCAAGUGGAUGAGACAGUAGAUGACGAGACUGAUCAAGAAGAUGAGGAAGAAGAAUAUGAGAGUGAGAGUGAUGAUACCCUGGAGACUGAUGACGAUGAAACGGAUGCUGAAGAUGAAGAGGACGAAGAUGAUGACAAUAACGGUCCUGGACAGAAUUUUCAGAAUAUAAUGACCACACUUCGAAACGAGGAGCUAUGGGCUCGGCUCGGGGAGUAUGAGCUGCACCUCGAGGUCUAUUCGAGCGUCUUUCAUUUGAGUCUCAAGAACCUCUACGCGUUCCUUGAACCGGCUCUCGACGCCCCGGAUUUUGGCCAAAUUCUGGCCGAGGUGAUCGUUUCCCUCAACGAUCAAGCGGAAGCGUUGGCUGAGCUUUUGGAGGUGCUCCACGACCAGCCCGAAAAGCUCGAGCGCGUGCGGAAGCUCCAGAUCCUCACAACCCAGCUCGAGGCCAUCGUCGUGGGGUUCGGGCGACUGCGUGAGCAGCGUCUGAUCAACCGCAACAUAAAUAUGGAUGUGAUGUACGAUCCGAUGGCACGGAUGUUUACUGAGAUCUGGCAUCGAUGCGUUAACAUGUUCGAGAUCAACCGUUUCCCCGUCACCAAUGAGUCGAUCAUCCAACUCCUCUCCAAAGCCUACCAAUCCUACAUCGGCCGCUCCACCGAAGCCAUGCCCGCCCUCGCCAACCGCUUCCCACUUGAGCUGCAGGCUGAGCUCCGGCUUUGCCUUGGAAUGCCGGCUGAUGAGGUCGUAGUCGUUGCUGUCGACCCUGAAGCUGAAGAAGAAGAAGAAGAAGAAGAAGAGGAAGAGGAGGAAGAGGAGAUCGGGUCCGAUCAAGAA